GUGUUUCGUAAUAAAACUAACUACAUUUCAUUUUAAAUUAACAAAAAUAUUGUAAUUUACAAAACAGGAAGCAGCUAUAUAAUGUCGUACACAUUGUUUAUCGUUAACGUGGUAACGGCGUCGUUAAUGUAACAAUGACAGUUUGUUUAUUAGCAGUUCCACACAGAUAUACCAUGACGACUCAAAACACACUUAAAAAGGUUCAAUAUAUAUAAGGUUAAACUGCUGUUUUAGUUAGCCUGUUCAAAACUUGGUGGUUAGCUAUAGUCUAGUAUAUGCACAUCACCAUUGACAAGAUGACUCCAACAGCUGGAAGUUACGCAGUGCUAGCCACUCGGCGCAAAACAGAACAUGUGGACUGGCGAAAGAUAGCUGCACUAAACAUAGAGCAAAUGUAUCAGACAUUUGAUUACAACACACUCCAGGAGAAUAUCUACAGCAUAACAUUUUGUGAUAUAGAACAAGAAGUGGACAAUAAAAUAAUUGACCCAAAUUAUAUCAAGUUAUUUAAGUUAUCUCAGUUAAUUAUUGAAUAUUUAUUGAACUCACAAGAAUACUUAACUCACCAACUGGGAAGUGUGGAAGAGAGAAUCAAGAAGCAUGAACAGAAGGAGAAUGAACUCAAGCAACAGAUUGAGAAACUACAGAAGGAGCUUUCUAAAGUCAGCAAGGAGAGUCACAAGAGGAAGAAACUGUUGAUGGCCCAACAGCAGCUCAUUCAUGGUGUACCUGGGAAUUACCAUAAGUGUCCUUAUUGUCCGAAAGCAUUUCUACAUCACUCAUACUUACAGACCCAUUUGACAAAGCGACACAGUGACCUCACAGUGGUCCCUACCACUGCAGUAAACACAGAUGGUGACAGUAGUAGUGGCCAUGGCAGUGGUAGUCGUAGUAUCGUGCCAACAUCAGAUACUAACAACUUGGCUUUUGAAAAGGAACUGAAGUUGCUCAGGGAUCAUCUGCAAGCCUUUGAAGAAAGAGACACUCAAAAACAUAAAGAGAUUGCCAAUAUGUGGAAGUUAUUCCAUGAAAGGGAUUUGCAAUAUGAAGCCAAUCUUAAAGAAUUAAUGAAAAAAUUUUCUGUCAAGCAAACAAAUUUGGGUGCCAUCCGUGAUGAUGAUGAUGAAGUCGAUGCUGUUCCUCAAGCCUUACCAAAGAAUAUGUCAAGACGAGUAGUUCAAGACAGCAACAAAAAGAAAAAGUCAGUAGUGUUAGCUCAUCAGGAAAACAAAGCUGUAAUUUCUGCAGCACCGAAAGAAAGUCAGGAAGAUUUAGCUGUGUUCAGAAAGGAAACCAAACUUUCAGAGAAACUAUUGCAGAAAAAGAUUCAAAACCUUGAGAAAAACUUCACUUCACACUUGAAAGAACAAGAGAAAAUGUGGCAUUUGCAGAUGGAGGAAUUGAAGAAAAAGCAUGAAGAGGAAAUGUUACAGAAGAGCCAGGAGAAAAUCCAGCAGAACAAAAAGAAGGCCCCCACUGUGACCAAAGCUGCUAAAAGGAAGCUGAACUUCUUCCAAAAGUCUGAAAAGUCAGCAAUAUCAAAGAAACAGACUCUUCCUUUGGAAAAGAAAGCAUCAGUGGACACAUUCAGUUUUCACAUAUCUCCAGUGAAGGAUAGAGAUGCUGACAGAGUAAUAGAUAUGGUUGAGGAAAUUGAAAACAUUGAAGAGGAUGAUAACAAUGAUGAGGAGGAGGAGGAAGAAGAAGAAGAGGAGGAGGAGGAGGAGGAGGAGGAAGAAGAAGAUGAUGAUGAAGAUGAGGAAGAAGAUUUAGAAAGAACUAAUGAUGAUGACCAUGGUACCCAAAACAGUCUCUAUGAUACCCAAUCAUACAAUGAGCUGAUGCAAAAGAUGUACAAGCAAGUAUCUGAAAAUCCAAAGAUUUUAAAAGAAAUGAAAUCAGAAAUGGCCGAUCUGUUGACUGAGAAACUGGAGAAGAUUGGUUUCCCUGCUAGUACCAAAGCAAUAUCAACCAAAAGUUAUCAAGACAAGAUUUCAAUCCUCAAGAAAGACAGAGUCAACAAAGCCAAGAAAUACCCUGAUUUUUAUAAAGAACAUAAAAGACUUGAUGAACUCGUCAACACCAUUGCUAAGAAAAAAUUACAAGCUUCAGAGAAAAGUAUGAAAACUGUGAAAGAUAGUAAAACUGUUGUAAAAGCUCCAAAAGUUCAAAGCCCCCAACAAACUGUAAGAUUUAAUUCAAAGAAGAACAGCAGCAACAGCAACAAGAUGCCAAAGAAGCAACAGCAACCAAAGCAACAACAAGCAUCACAUCGGCCAAUUGAUACCUUUGCUUCAAGACCCAUUAUUUCGAAAGCUGAAAUUCAUUCUCAAGGGGCAUCCAGUAGCCAUGAGCCAGUAUCAUCAAUACGAAAAUCUACAGCAACAAUGUCAAAUGGUCCAAAGCAAAAGCCAACAAUACCUUGGAGUGAGAGCGAUGACAGUGAUAAAGAGAAAACUGAUUCAUGGACUGAUACUGAUGUUUCCUCCCUUCUGAAUGACCAACAUUAUAACACUCCAGCCAAGUCCCCUGCAACCCCAGCAAGGAGUGUAGCCCUUGACAAAGCUCAGCCAUCACAUCUUGCGGAGUACCCUAAAAAGCAGCCAGUUCCUUUGCCCCGUAAAAAUGUCAGUUCUGAUUUUGAUGCUGAAGACAGCAGUGAUUUCGAUGUAGGAAAUAGUCUAACUGGUCAUUCUAAAAAGACCCUAAAUCGUCCAACAGCAAUUCCUACAAAGGGUACAAAGGUUGCUGAGAUUGGGAAUAUGAUUCAGUCCCAACUUGAGAAUCGACCACAUGUCAAAUUUCCUGGUGCUGUUGAUUUGAUGAAGAAACCAGAAUAUACAGAGGCUGAUGACUCUGACUUUUCAAAGAUUUCUCUCUUGGAUGAAGAUAUUAACGAUAACAGACUCAGAAAUCCAAAAUAUACAUCCACACCAGCUAGCCGCACAGCUCUUGACACUGAGGUCUCUACUAACACCUACAGUACCAGUAAGUGGGGAUCCUCCUCUAAAGUGGUCAGCUCCUUGAGCAGUUUUGACUCCACCUAACACAUGUGCUGAAUCUUCCCGUCAACUCAAGUGGGUCUUUCCACUUUGACUUCUACUGUUAUCAACCACAGAGAAAUGUUUACAAUCCAAAAAUUUCGAUAUAUGAUCCUGUCAUUUAUGAUUUUUUUUAUUGUUAGUUUUUGCUGCUGCUGCUGCUGCUGCUUCUACUACUACUACUACCACCAUCACCACCACCACUACCAUCAUCAUCAUCGUCAUCAUUAUUAAUUUUAUUAUACAGAAUUGUCAAAGCGUUAGAAAAAUUUGCUUUGCCUUAUUCGUGCUUGCUCUGCAUUCUGAGCUCAAAUCCUGCUGAAGUCAACUUUGUUUUUCAUCCUUUCAGGGUUGGUAAAAUAAGGCACCAGUCACAAACCGGAGUCAAUGCAAAUGACUUUCCCUCUUCCCCAAGUCUGCUAGCAUUGUGCCAAAAUUUGAAACCAUUAUUAUCAUUAUUAUUAUUAUAAUUAUAUAAGGUGGCCAGCAUGCAGAAUCAUUAGCAUGCUGGAUGAAAUGCUUAGCAGUAUUUCGGCCGUUGCUACGUUCUGAGUUCAAAUUCCGCCAAGGUCGACUUUGCCUUUUGUCCAUUCGGGUUCGAUUAAUUAAGUACCAGUGAAACACCGGGGUCAAUGUAAUUGACCAGUUCUCUCCUCACAAAUUUGAGGCCUUGUACCUUUAGUAUAAAGGAUUAUUAUAAUUAUUAUUAGAUGGUGAGCUGGCAGAGUCAUUACUAUACUGGACAAAAUACUUAAUGACAUUUCAUGUCUUUACAUUCUGAAUUCAAAUUCUGCUAAGGUCAGCUUUGCAUUUCACCCUUUCAGGGCCAAUAGAAUAAGCACCAGUUGAGCACUGGAGUCGAUGUAAUCAACUAGCUCCCUCCCUAUAAAAUUUCAGACCUUGUGCCUAUAACAGAAAGAAUUAUUAGUAUUGUUGUUGUUGCUCAGAAUUGGUAGAGUACCAGGCAAAAUACCAGUGGUGUUCUGUUAUGUCCCCUUUUCAUUCUGAAGUCCCACUUUGUCAACUUUGUUUUCUAUUACUCACAGGUUGACAAAUUAAAUAUCAAUAAUGUAGAGAAGUCAUUUUAAAAACUAUGUUAGCCAGUCAAAAUUUUAAAAAAUCUUUAUUAUAAUUAUUACUUAGUGGUUUAUUACAAUUUAUUAUAAUUAUUACAUGUGGAUAAUAAAAUUAUUAGUACUUUGUAACAUAUGAAUAAAAUGAUAAUUUAUUUUCAAAUGCAGAAACUCUGUUAGAACAGCAAAAAUUUUGGGUAAAUUACCCUUACAAAACAGAAAAAUUUGUCAACAAAUAGUCAAUUUGACAAAUUUUUCUGCUUUGUAAGGGUAAUUUACCCAAUAUUUCUGUUGUUCUGAUGGCAUUUCUCUGUUUGAAAAUAAAUUAUUUUAUUUGUAUCUUACAAUACAGAUUUCAGUGCUUAUAAAAUAAACAAACGUUUAGUUUGUUUUGUUAGUCUUUAUUAUAAUUAUUGCUAGCAGAUAAUGAUUAAAUUAUUAGUGCUUUCUUACAAUAAAUGGUUUCAAAUUUUGGCACAAAGCCAGCAAUUUGGAGGGUGGGUACUUAUUUUAUCGACCUCAAAAGGAUGAAUGGCAAAGUCGGCUUUGGCGGUAUUUGAACUUAGAACAUAGAGACAGAUGAAAUGCCACUAUGCAUUUCGCCCAGUCUGCUGAUGAUUCUGCCACCUCACCACCUUUUACUUUUUUAUAAUUAUUACUAUAAAAUUAUAAGUGUACCCAGCAAAAUAUAUCAGGCAAUUAGUUACAUCUCUUUGUCUUGAGUUCAAAUCCUGCUGUAGUUAGCUGGCCUGCCAUGCUUUUAUGACUGACAGAAAAAACUACCAAUUAAGUUUUCACGUUGAUAUAACUGCCUAUUUCCUCUAGCCUCUGUAACUCAAAGGAUAAGUCCUGGUAUCCUUGUACUUUGCUAUUUUCUCUGUACCCCUCAUUGACUUGCUCAUCAUUUGGAACUGUUAAGUCAUUAUUAUUAUUAUUCAGUAGUCUUAAUCUUAUCAUGUUCUUUCACUGCAAUACCAAGCACAGUUCUGUGUGCCUUGGGUAUGUGCACUGGUUUGUUAUGGUGCUCUUAUUUUCAGUUUUGAAAGUGCUCUACAUAGGAUAUGUGCGGUGCCUAGUAGUGCUAUUUUCUGUAUGUUAUAUAGCACUACUAGGCACCAUGCACAUCCUACAUAUUAUCAUUAUUAAGUUUUAUGCCUAUUUCCUCUGUACAUCUGUUCAAAUCUUUAGGGAUAGUUCCUAAUAUACCUACAAUUACAGGGAUUUAUUUUACCCACACUUUCCAUAGCCUCAGUAACUCAAUGGCCAGGUACUCUUCUGUUUUCUCUAUACCUCUCAUAUUGACUUUCUCAUCAUUUGGGACUGUGAACUCAAUUACCUGGUACUUUGUAUUCUUUUUGUCUACUACAACUAAAUCAGGCCUUCUAGCUUCUAUUACUUUGUCAGUCUGAAUGUUUGAAUAUUAUUCGUAUACCUUCAUAACACAGUGUAGGUAAAAAUGCACCAGAGUCUUUAGUCAUAUGUCAAGUCACAACAAGUACCUCAGACAGAUAAUACUUUCCUUAAGAUGCGUGCUGUGCCCAAUAAGGCUGCUUUUUGCAAGACAUCAAUUUUGCAUGGGAUUUCAGUUGCCUUAGGAAGUCUUUAAGUUUCAAUGGAAUUGAGCCCAAUGCUCUGAUCACCACUGGUAUCACUUUUACAUUACCCUAUUAUUAUUAUUAUUAUUAUUAAGGCAGUGAGCUGGCAGAAUCGUAAGCAUGCUAGGCAAAAAUGCUUAGUCAUCACCUUAAUCCAGUAUCAGCAAAUCUAUUGAACUUUAUUGAUCCUCACACACAUACACAUAUGCACACUCACCACAUUCAUCCCCCCACCUUCUACCACCACCACCACCACCACCACCAUAUGUGUCAUCUCCCAGAAUACCUCUCUAAUCAUGUCAUUAUAAUUAUUAUUCCUAAUUAUGUUAAGAAAUAAUUUCUUCUGGGUUACUAAAGAUAACUUUUACUUAUGGGUUGGAGUAGGAGGUCAAUGCUCCUGUUUGAGGUUAAAGGUCAUUGCUUAUGAAACGGGUUUUAACUAAACACAACUGUCACUUGAUAUCAAUAUCACUUGCAUUAACAUCUUAGUUAAUUCUUAAUUAGAUUCAUUAAGUUAUUUCUAAUUGGAAACACUGAACCAAACUAAGAUACCUUGUUAUGUUGAACAUUAACAUGAUUGCCUAUCCUGCUAGCACUAAGUGACUGGUAAGUUAUCUUGUAGAAAUAAAACAACAGAGUUAAAAUAGCAGAAACAAUUUAUAAUAUUGAAUUUGAGGAGAUGGAAAGGCAGGUAACCUAUAAUACAAUUGCUAACGUGAUUGCCAAGCAAACAAUUGAUAGAUAUAUUGGUUUAAGUUCAAUCAGUGUUCAAGUUGUUCUUUUUUGACUCAAACUGGUGCCUAUAUGGCUAAGCACUAACGAUAAUAAUUAUAUAUUUUAUUUUUGUUAUAUUUUACUAAUCAAGAGUUAUUUGUUUUUGUUUUUUUAAAGAAAACGUUUUUUGAAAUAUAUACAAUUAUACUAUGUUCUAUUAUACUACACUGUUUAUUCAUUCUGUCACUAUUAUGACUUUCUCAUUGGUUGUUAUUUUUGGCAACUGGUGAACAUUAAAAAUUUAUACUGCAUGUAAUGAGCAUUCUCUUCCUCUUUCGUUUAUGCACUUUAGUGAACACACAUACACAUAAAUGCAUACACACUCACAUAUUCCCCACUUCUGUCAUCUUCUCAAGUCAAGUUGCUUCCUUUCAAUAUCCUUAUCAGCAACCGUUGCAUAGCUGUCUACUAUUCUCUCUCUCUUUUUUCUCUCUUUCAUUCCUAUCUCUAGAGCUUUUGUAAUUCUAUUCUCUUCUAUCACACUUUCACUCUUACUCAACUUUCACCUAAUAGUUGGGUAGGAAAGAAACAUAUGGAAGCAACCUAGUGUGGAAGGGUCACUCUGUGAGUCUUGCCAAAGACACAACAACCUCUCUAGUGCUGGAGCCUUGAUUAACUACAUCUCAUUCAUUCUGAAAGUAGUUGCUGAUAGAAAAGGCAUCCAGCUGUAGAAAUCAUGUAAAAAUAUGAGACAUCGAAAUGAGACACAGUCUUUCCUAUCUAGGAGGACAGUAACUUUAAAUAAGAGCUCACUUUGACUGUGAUAACAUGCCCAACCUGUGCCAGCAUGCAAAGCAGACAUAAAAUUAUAACCAGGUUGAUCUAUACAUAUAUAUAUAUAAGCAUGCAGACACAUGCACACACAUUCACACACCUUUAAUAGCUGAAUGGUUGCAAAGAAAGAUGAUGAAAUGAACAAGAUCCCCUUUUCCAAAUACCUUUUCGUUACAACCUUGCUACAGUGCAGGUGGUUGGCCAAAAUAUACUCUAAAAAUCCACUAAUCAAGAAGAGAAAUCAUGCAUGUAUGUGCACACACAUACACACAUACACACAUACAUGUUAUAUUGAAAACACAAUUUCAAGUUUGAUCAUAUUUAUUUAAUUCUUUUUAUAUAUAAAAUUUGAGUUGUAGUAUUUCUAUAUUAGAUCUUUGUUUAGUUCAGGUUCCAUUUGCAUUUCUAAAAUUUCUCAAUUUAAAUUUCUGGAUAAAAUGGUUAUAAUGUCAAAUUUGUUGUUUUAUAGUUAGCAUGAAUCUUGGGAAUGAUGCAUUUUUCUUUUUUUUCCUGACAUCAUUGAUGAUUAAAUAUUUCACCAUUGACUCUAAGUUAAUUUCAUUCAUCAAUUUCUGUACUUAGUAUCUUUCAAAAGUACUGUACCUGCGUUAAUUUUUGAUUUAUAUUUUAUCAAAAAAGCUCCUAUUUACUUAUCUUCUCAUUUUUUAUUUACUGAGAAAUUCUGUAUAGAUUGUUUGUAGUCAUGGCUGUAAGGCUAAGAAGCUCACUUUUCAACCAUGUGGUAUUGGGUUCGGACCCGUUGCUCAGCAUCUUUGUCAAGUGUCUACUACUAUAGCCCCAGGCCAAUUAAUGCUUUGUAAGUGAAUUUGGUAAACAGAAACUGUGUGGAUGCCUAUCGUAUAUACUUGACAUGCAAUGUUGGUUUGUUUACAUCUCUGUAACUUAACAGUUCAGCAAAAGAAACCAAAAGAAUAAGUAUCACACUUAAAAUAAGUACUGCAGUCAAUUUGUUCAACUAAACCUUUAGCCUGGCAACUGUCCGAUGACUGAAACAAGUGAAAGAUAAAAGAUAUGAGCCAAAUAGCUCGAAACUGACUGGUCCUACGAUGCUGUCAGCUGCUGGAGGGUGGUAGGGAUUCGCUCCCCCUGCUAGCAAUAUAUUGUAUAUAAAGGGUGCAGAGCAUGCACCAAAAACCAGCUGGUGGACAAUCUGCCAGGGGUUAAACUAGUAGUAACAUUCAUCUGUCACUUUGAUGUGGCUACUCACUUAACUGAUAAAAGAUAAUGCUUUCUAUCUAGUUUUGUUUCGUAUUUCACAGUCUAGUUUACUACAAUAGCUCCUCAUUGUAAAAGUACACAGCACCCUAGUAAUAAAAUUAGGAACAAUUACUCAUUACUGAAAGUAACUUGGAGUUAGCAGCCAAAAAUCUGGUGAUGAUAUCAUCAAUAAUAAAAUCAUGUUCAUGAUCCUUGAUAGACAAGAGAACUUUAUUGAUCUAAAACUAACCUUGGGAUUAACCCUUUUGUUACCAUUAUUUCUGUUGAGAUACACUGCCUUUGUUUCAAAUAAAACUUUCAAAAUAAUAAAGAAUUUGGUAAAAUAAGUAUCUUAUUAAACCUGUAUUUUUAAGGUGGUGAGCUAGUAGAACUGUUAGCUAGCCAGGAAAAAUGUUUAGCAUCAUUUCGAUCAUCUUUAUGUUCUGAGUUCAAAUUUGCCAAGGUCACCAUUGCAUUUCAUUCUUUCAGGGUCAAUAAACUAAGUACCAAUUGCAUACUGGAGUUGAUAUAAUUGACUAGCCCUCUCCAAAAGAAAAUGUUGGGCCUUGUGUCUAUAACAGAAAGGAUUAUUAAGCCUGUAUUUAGAACAUAAAUUAGCUUGAAAUUUUGAUGGAAGGUUUUAAUUUAAAUUGCUUUAAAUCAUGAAAUUUACAUCAUAAAACCAAGGGCAGGCUUAAACGGGUUGGUAUCAAUAAGGUUAAUAAAUGAAUGUGAAUAAGCCUUGAUAAAAAGAUCAAAUUUGCACAUAGUUGUGUUUUCAAUAUAACUUGUUUGUUUAAAAAGAUUUUCUUUUAACAAACUUUAUAUAAAAUCCCACCCUUUUUUUUUCUCCAGUAUCAUACUUUUUAAAAAUUUUCUGUAAUUUCUAAUGUAAAUUUCUUUGUUUUGAUAAAGAGUCAGGGGACCAGUAUAUAGAUUAUUUUGUCAGACCCACAAUGUCUCAGAAAAUCAAAAAGCACAUUCAGUGUGUCAUUUUAUAAUCUACACAUUCUGAUAAGAGUCAUCUUAUGCAAACUUACAACAAAAAUUAUAGAAAUAGAAUAAUAAAUAAAUAUAUAUAAUAUUGUAGUAUAAAUUGACAACUGCGUGGAAACAUUUUUAAUCCUGAAAGGACUAAAAAUGCUAAAAUAAAAUAAAAUAUUCAUAUACUUAUACACAAAUAAUAUUCAUCAUUCUUAAUGUGUUUCUCAUCAAGUUAUCAUUAUUUUGCAAACAUACAAACAUUUUAACUUAUUAUGAAGAUAAAAAUUCCGUCCACUUUGAUUUGUAUAUACAAUUCUGAGAUUUUUUUGAAACCGUCCAUAUGUUUACAUAUGCGUUUAUAUGUAUGCUUCUAUCCAUACAAGUUUUUAAAAUAUAUAAAUAUAAGCAUACGAGUACGUAAUUUUGAUUACACUUUCACUGAAAACUUUUCAAGAAAAAAAUUGUUUUACUUAGAUAUUUACAUAUUUAACCAAUUCACAUAAUCAAAGGAAUUUGUAAGUUUUUAUUUUUAUCUCCAAUCGCCAAAAAUUUAUCCAAGUACUGGUUAUAAAUGCUCAUUGUUUUUAAAUAUACAAACACAUAUGUAAUGUAACUCUGUGUGUGUAUAUGUUGUUGUUUUUUCUGUUUUGUCACUUUCUACAUUUUUCUUUUGAUAUUACAUAUUUCAGCCUAUCCUCAUUCUUCAAUCACCAUUUUUUAUUUCAUAUACUAUUAUUACUCUGCAGUAUCUGGCCUCAAGUUAGAGACACUGCCAUGUCAUGGUUAAGUGUUCAGUUGUAAUCCGUUUAUUAUUUAACAAUGAUAAACAACAGGUAUUUUAUGUUGCUCUUUAAGUAAAAUACAGAUCUUGGUUUGCUGCAAACUACAGUUAAAUUUCUGUUGGAUGAAUCAUGUGAAAUAUUAUCUGCAUUGUAAAGGAACUGCUCUUCAGUAUUCAAUUCCAACAGAGAACUGCCAAUACUUUAAGUGAUGUAAUGUCAUAACCAUUAGUAAAUACUUCAACAGAUUCAGAUAUCAAUUGAUGUUACAAGCAUCAGAGGUCCAAGAUAUGAGGAAGGUUGAUGCAUUACAAACACAAUUAGACUGUGUAGAAGUCAGAAAAUCAAUGAUAGUGAUAUAUUCAUUAUAACAUAAAUGGAUUAGUUUUCAUUAAAUAUCUGUUUAUGUUAAAUUGAAGCAUAUGAUUGUUUUUUUUUUUAUUUUGUGUGUUUGUUUGUUUGUUUGUUUGUUUUAUAUAUAAUAUUUGGAUGCCUAUCACACUUGAUUCAUCCAACUGUAUUGAAGUAUGAGCAAUAACUUCUAUUUAACCUUCAUUUCAGUCUGUUGAGGUUAAGCCAAAACUUAAAGUUAAUACUGGCGAAAUAGCAAUAGAUGGAGAGUACAUUGUAAAUCAUCAAAAUAAAGUGUUGAUUUUGACUUUUUUUACAUUGUUUUACAUUAUCAGUUGUAGAUACAUGCAUUAUAAUGACAUACAUACCAGGGGGCUGCUGAAAAGUUCCUGGCUUUGGGUAAAACAAAAUACAGGAUUUUGUUUAACAUAUUUCCCUCUCAGAUUCACACACGUAUUGAAGCAGUCCUUCAGUUUUUCUAAGCCCUGUAAAAGAACUUGGAAGGUUGGGCCUCCAACCAGGCCUUUCACAAUACCCUUAAAAGCAGGAACUUUUCAGUACUCCAUUGUACAUGUAUGUAUGAAUGUAUGUAUACACUUUUGCUCACAUAUUGAUAUCAACAAAUACAGAAACAUAUACAUGCACACACACACACACACACAUAUACACAUAUAUAUAUAUAUAUAUAUAUAUAUAUAUAUAUAUAUAUAUAUAUAUAAAUAUAUAUAUAUAACACUGCACUAUCUUGCUUUUUUACCGAUAUAUUUUCAUAUUUUGACAAAUACUCAAGUUAUGGUGAAUGUAUACCAGUCAAUUAUAUUUUGUUU